GCACACUUUCCUACUCAUUCAUUCUUACUCAAAAAGAAAACACAAAGCCCCACUUCAAAACAAAACCAACACACUACACUUAUUGCGAUGGCAACAAACGAGAGAGAAGCUCCAAUCCAUGGAGACAUCUUAGAGGCCAUACUCUCGCACGUGCCUCUCAUCCACCUUGUGCCAGCUCGUCACGUGUCAAAGUCCUGGAAGCGUGCCUUGUCUAGCUCCCUCCGCCACGUCAGCCCCGUCAAGCCGUGGCUCACGGUGCACACCCAGAGCCCCCGUGCCCCGCACGUGACAACCUCCCACGCGUACGAUCCACGCUCACGCUCCUGGAUUCAGAUCCACGCGCCGCCCUCCAGCCAGUCUUCCUCCCCCCUCCGCUCGUCACACUCCACUCUCAUCUACACCCUCUCACCCACAGGCUUCUCCUUCUCCCUCGACCCCCUAGGCCUCGAGUGGCACCACGCGCCACCCCCGCGGGUGUGGCGAGUUGACCCAGUCGUCGCCUGUGUUGGCGGAUGCAUCAUCGUUGCCGGCGGCGCGUGCGACUUCGAGGACGACCCCCUGGCGGUUGAGAUGUACGACGCGGGAUCCCGCACUUGGUCCCGUUGCGAGUCCAUGCCGGAGAUCCUGAAAGGCUCCACGGCGUCGACGUGGCUCUCGGUAGCCGUCGCCGGUGACCGGGUGCACGUGACGGAGAAAAACUCCGGCGUGACGUACUCGUUUGACAGCGAGACGAAGUCGUGGCUGGGGCCGUACGAACUGCGGCCGGAGGAGGGCGUUUUCUACUGCGUCACGGGAACGGUGAGGGGGCGAUUGGUGGUGGCGGGGAUGGUCGGAGAAGCGGAGAACGUGAAAGGGGUGAAAUUGUGGGAAGUGAAAGGGGAAUUGGGGAUAGGGUCGAAGUAUUGGUGUGAGGAAUUGGGGGCGAUGCCGAAGGCUAUGGUGGCGAAGAUGAAGGGUGAUGAUGGUUGCGGUGUGAUGGCGUCGAUUUCGGUGACUACGGUGGGGGAUUAUGUUUAUCUGGUGAACCUAUGGGAACCGGAGGAGAUGGUGGUGUGCGAGUUUGCAGACAGGGGAGGUUGCGCGUGGCGGAGCGUGAGGAAUGAGGCGGUGGCGCGAAUGGAGAGGAUGGUGUUUUGCGGCGGAUAUGUGGGGGUGGAGGAUUUGGAGUGCGCGGUGGCGCAGAAGAAUUGCAAGUUUGCGUUGCAGUAAAAGAAAAAUGAAGUAUUGCUGUAGAUUGAGUAAAAAACAUGGAAGGGAGUAAAAAACAUGGAACGGUGCAAUUUCAAAUUGAAAAAUCAGAUUUUACAGUGAGGUAAUUUUGGUGGAUAAGUGAAAAGUGAUGAGAUAAGGAGUGUUAUGGAUAAGACAAGGAUAAGGAUAUAAAAUAAAUGAAGAGGGCAGAGAAUGUAGUAAGUACUCGUAGCUGUUCUAAGCAGCAGCUCUCGUAAGAGAGACCUUUUGGCUAUACUUCUACAUCUAUGUUGUGAUGUGGGGCAGCAUGUACCCUCAUUUAUGUAGUUGUAUAAACUUGUAUUCAUGUUAUUUUCACAUCAUAAAUGAAUGCCUUUAAUUAGAA